GAACUAACGAGCUAGCGCUAGCUGCGCUAGGAAGCAGCGUAUACGCGCGCAUGUGCAUUUCGAUCACAAAUCUCCUUAUUCGCACGAAGCCUUUCUCCUCGAAAUGUCCCCAAUAAUGUCAAUAUUAUCAAUUAUUAAGGUGCAAUUAACGAUAAACAAGAUAAACCGUAGGUUAUAGCCGGUAUCUUUGCCAGCAUAUAUCAGGAUGGUUGGAUACAAGCCCUCUGGCUCUGCAGAGAUUGACAAGGGACAGCACCGGCAACUGACGAAGGUUGACUACGGAUUUGCAGGAGCAACUAGCGGGGUCUUCACCCGUGCCUGUUUGCAACCUCUCGAUGUGCUAAAAAUUCGAUUUCAGCUUCAAGAGGAGCCAAUGAAAAGAGGUGUUUCCACUGCCAAGUACAAUUCUAUCUUACAAGCUGCUGGUUCUAUUAUCAAAGAAGAAGGGCUACAAUCCUUAUGGAAGGGCCACGUACCUGCCCAAGCCCUCUCUAUAAUUUAUGGUAUUGCACAGUUUGUAACAUUUGAAGGGCUGACGUACGCGGCCUACCCUCAUCUUCCCAAGGAGUUGACAACCGGCGUGUACAAACCAGUCUAUCACUUCGUGUGUGGGGGAGUGUCUGGGUGUGUGGCCACCCUUGUGUCACUCCCUGCGGAUGUUCUCAGGACAAGACUAGUAUCUCAGGGAGAACCAAAAAUUUACAAAUCGAUAUCCCAUGCUUUGCGCUCAAUGUACAUGGAAGCUGGGAUACGGACAUUCUACAAGGGUCUUACUCCAACAAUGAUACUGCUCUUCCCUCAAACGGGAUUUCAGUUUGGUUUCUACGGUCUUUUCACAAGGAUUUGGAAGAAAGCACAGGAUAUGACUGAUUUUCAUCAGCUUGGUGGUUUCCAAUCCCUGCUCUGCGGUGGUCUUGCCGGUGUGUGUGCCAAGUCGGGGGUCUACCCAUUGGACGUCAUCAAGAAGAGGCUGCAGGUUCAAGGGUUCGAAGAGGCCCGUCGGCCCUUCGGUCGGGUCACCCGCUACAGCGGGUUCCUGCAUUGCACCACCACAAUAGCCAAACGGGAAGGGAUGAGGGGGCUCUUCAGAGGGCUCUCACCCAGUCUCCUUAAAGCAUUCUUCAGUGUAGGAUUGAACUUUGCUGCCUAUGAGAAGUGCUGUCAGUGGCUUGCUCGAGCAGACAGGUGACGUGACAUCACAUCCGAUACAGAGAUACAUGCAGGCGUAGAUCCAGCCAGAUUUGACACAAUAGUUUUAAUAGGCCGACUAGUGUACAAAAACAAUAUGGCCCCUGAAACUGAAAUGGUAUUGUGUCAAAUACUGCUGGAGCCGCACCUGUGUACAUGUAGAUCUAUAUAUGCCGAAAAGGUGUGAAAAGUCUUCAUGCAAAUACCAACUCCUUGACUUAGCAUAUUUUUAAAAUCUAUUUAUUUAUAACCUAUUUACUAUGUAGUGUUGAUCACUGCAUAAAAAUGCCUAUACAUGUUGUAUAAGCAUAUGAUUAUAAAUAAUAUUUAUUACGUACAGGUGGGUCUUUGCAUAAAAGCAUGUUAACUCUUUUAUUUCGUAUAUAAAUAAUAUUUUUACAUACUCUGUAUCAGUCAUUGUGCAGGUAUACAAUUUUUAUGCACUUAUUGAUCACAUACACAUACAUGUAUUAUAUAUGCUGUAUCAAUCAGUGCUUUACCAAGCCGGUCUUAUUUGGUACACAUGAUAAACAUGUAGAGUUUUCCUACGCAAUACUUAGAAUUUAUCAUAUGUUGUAUUUGUAGGUGCACUUUAAUCCCGGACUUUCAUGCUUCGUAUUAGACACUUUCACACGCUUCCGUUCGUACCCUCCUCCGUUGUCCCCAUCCUUUUGCGCGAUCAUCAAAUCAUCAUCACAAACGUCCCGUGGCACAACAAACAUCAAAACUUAAAAGAUGAAACCUCACUAAGUAAAUUUAGUUCGAUGAUCUAUAAUUCUAGUCAUUCUGCAGGGUUCCGUUACACACUCAUCGAUCCAAAAAUACACAGAAUCAAUCAAUUAAAGUAUUGAAAGGGAGUCAAAUUCGGAAGGUUGAAAAUUCGUAUGCCUUCGCCUGGUCCCAUCUUGUACACGUUUUUUAUAACAAAAUACUGCCCCUCGUCAAUUUUAAGCCCUUACCAAGUUUGAACAAGAGAUGGCGCUAUUUCACUUCUUGGCAGUAACAGUAUGCAUAAAGGCCACCGCACGCACAUCUUACGACUUUUCGCGAUCUGAUUUUGGAGCAAAUCGCAUUUUGAUCAUUUUUUGAAAAUGUGAAUGGAACAUAUCAUUUUAUUUGAGGUUAAAAUUAA